UGUCUUCACAAGUCGCCCCAAGCAACGACCGGUGCUGCACAAGUCGCUCGCUCCAACAGCACAACCAACGCGACAACCCGCCAGCAGAAAUAUGGACCACACUCGCUCCCUUGGUCGCUAGAAUCUUUUUGCAAUCCUCCUGCUCGAGAAACCACCCUCUCGUUCGUCGCCUGCCAAUACCCCCUUGCAGCCUCCCUCGCUUGCCGCUUUGCGGAGCCGCGCAUCAUGAACGGCAAGUUCGCCGCCGUCGGUAGCGAGCCGACGGCCCAGGAUUUCGAGCAUGGCAUCCAGGUCAUAGAUGAGGACAAGCUCUUCAACGUCAAGGUCAAUGACUACCUCCAGCACACGCACGUGGCCGAUGCCGGGUUCAACUACCACCUCAUCUCCGUCUUCGGCUCCCAGUCGACGGGCAAGUCGACGCUGCUCAACAACCUGUUCGGCACCGAGUUCAGCGUCAUGUCCGAGACGGAGCGCCGGCAGACCACCAAGGGCAUAUGGAUGUCCAAGAACAAGCGCGAGGGCGCCGGCGAGGUCAAAAUGGCCGACAACAUCCUCGUUAUGGACGUCGAGGGCACCGACGGCCGCGAGCGCGGUGAGGACCAGGACUUUGAGCGCAAGAGCGCCCUCUUCGCCCUUGCCACCAGCGAGGUCCUCAUCGUCAACAUCUGGGAGCACCAGGUCGGCCUGUACCAGGGCGCAAACAUGGGCCUGCUCAAAACGGUGUUCGAGGUCAACCUGCAGCUGUUCCUCAAGGACAAGGCCUCGGCCCCGCGCUCGCUGCUGUUCUUUGUCAUCCGCGACCACAUCGGGAACACACCGCUCGCCAACCUGCGCGACACCCUGAUCCAGGACCUCACCAAGAUCUGGUCUACCAUCUCCAAGCCGCAGGCCCUUGAGCACGCCAAGAUCGAGGACUACUUCGACUUUGCCUUCGCCGCCCUCCCCCACAAGAUCCUCCAGCCCGAGAAGUUUGUUUCUGAAGUGCAAAGGCUAGGAUCGAGGUUUGUUACCGGGCAUCGGUCGACCCCGGAUCAGGAGUUCGCGGGUGGCGUGUUUCUGCCCGAGUACCACCGGAGGAUCCCGGCCGACGGCUUUUCCAUCUAUGCCGAGGGCAUCUGGGACCAGAUUGUGCACAACAAAGACCUGGACCUGCCCACGCAGCAGGAGCUGCUCGCCCAGUUCCGCUGCGACGAGAUCGCGAGGGAGGUUCUCAUCGCCUUUGACGAGGCCAUCGUGCCGCUCGAGGACCAACAGGCCGAGGCCUCCCGUCUGGGCAAGCCGUCGGUCCUGCCCGACCUCGGCCGGACUGGUAGCACCGCUCGCACCAAGGCGGUCGACGGCUUCAAGGAGCUGGCGUGCCGCUACCACAAGGGUGUCGCUGCCAGAAAAGGGGCCGAGCUCGAAGCCAAGAUCGACACGCGCCUCAAGGCAUUGUACAUGGGGCAGGUGUCGGCGGUCCACAAGGCCGGCGUGGCCACCUUCAGUGAUGCCGUUACCAACGCUGUCAAGGCUGGACAAAAGUCCGGAGGCUCCUACGAGUUUGCCGAGAUUGUCGACAAGCAGAAGCGGAAGACUCUCGAGUUCUUCAAGAAGGAGGCCAAGAGCCUGCUGAUCGAGGGCGUCUCCUGGACGAACUUCAGGAGUCAGUACGUUCUCUUCGAGAAGGAGCUAGACGAGGCUAGUGCUCGCCUGCGGAAGGACGAGAUGCGCCGACUGGCCACGCGCGUGGAGCGCUGGGUCAAGUCGCGCCUCGGAGACUCGAUCGGGCUCGAGUUCAACAAGCUCGGCUCAGGGCGCGGGGGGACAGGCGCCCCUGAGUCGGGUGAGAAGCCGACGGAGAAAGACUUGUGGGACCGCAUCUGGACUGUGUUUGUUGGCGUCGUCACCGAGGCGCAGGAACGGUUCGCAGACCGGGCAAAGAGCUUUGAGGCCAGCGAUGACGAGGUGCACGUCGGCCUGUGGCGGCUGCGGCGCAAGAGCUGGAUAGCCCUUCGGGAGAAGAUUGAAGAGGAGGUUAUGGAGGGCAACAUUCUGCUCAAGCUGCGGGAGAACUUCGAGGACAAGUUUAGGUACGAUGAGGCCGGAGUUCCGAGGAUCUGGCGGCCGACAGACGAUAUCGAGGGCAUUUACACACGGGCGCGCGAGUCGACGCUCACGCUCAUACCGCUGCUGUCGAAAUUCCGGCUCUCGGCCACUUCCGCAUUGCCAGACCUUCCCGGGUGGGUGGGACACCAGCCGGGGGGCGUAGAGCCUGAGGAUGAGGAGGACCUGACGCCUAUCGGAGGCAUUGACGAAGACGAGGGCAAGAGCCUCGAGGAGGAGAUGACAGUGCUCAGCGAAGCCAAGCGUCAGGACCUGGUGGUGCGGUUCAAGAAGACAGCCGAUGGCGUCUACGUCGAGGCCAAACGCGGUGCUCUCGGCGGUAUGACGCAGGUGCCGCUCUACUUCUACGUCUUGCUCCUUGUCCUGGGCUGGAACGAGAUCUGGAUGGUUCUGCGCAAUCCUGCCAUGUUCAUUCUUCUCCUAGUCUUUUCUGGCGGCGCCUACGUCGCCUACACCCUUAACCUCCUGGGGCCCAUGAUGCAGAUGAGCUCUGCGGCAGCCAACCAGGGAGGCGAGAUCUUCAAGCAGAAGCUCAGGGACUUUGUCGCCAACAACGAUACGGCCAGGCAGGCGCUGGCCAUGAACGGCGACUCGGUCAAGAUGGACUCUCUGGACAGCAGAGGAAGGAAGCGGACGCCGAGGUCCGACGACGACGACGAGAUUUAAGAUGUAUGAGCCCACAAGGGGAUGACGAGCACGAUGGGUUUCCGGAAGCUGCAACGAUUUUAAGUCUUACGAGGAACACACUAUUCUCACGCAAUGAACCCUUGAGGGGACAACGAAAGGGGUAGGAAUAUGGUUAAUGGCGCCUGUGCGACUGGCUAUCGGGCUGGACAGGCAUUUUGUGUAUAGACGGUCAGGAUGGAACACUAGACGGACUCCUUUAAACGUCCCUCCAUGGGCACUCGGCACAGUUGGCACAUAAUUUGUAGUUGGCCAACGGGGCGGAAGAUGACGGGAUGGAUGAACCUAUAAAUGGAAGAUUGACGAUAAUUUGACACGGCGGUGUGUAUUCAAGGUGCCGGUUCCCUAAACUGUCUCGCCUCAUCCAUCUUACAACUUCAUAGCAAACAGGCACACAUUUUACUUUUAACCCGCCCAACAUUUUGCCACGAGAACGAAUGUCUUUA